AUGACCAGCCUGUCAACUAAUUUUUAUCAAAGUCUUCCGCGUAUUGAGGAAGAGGGUUGUGAUUUUUCACCGGCACCCAUUUACACCUGGCUUACAACAGGUUUAGCACGUUGUACAGCUGUUCUUGAAGCUACAAUGUUACCAGUCUCAAUAGAUAUUGAUAAUUCGUCCUCGUCUGAUGAUCCAACCACUCCAACAGAUUACUCGAGUCUUUCAACUACCCAAGCACCUCAGCAACACCACUCGGCUCCCAUUCUCCUGGUGAAUAAUCUUCAAGCCGCGGUCUCCAUUGUGGCAGGAGCUAUAGGAUGCUCGAAUUCUUCGUCGGUGGCACUCCAAGAUGCUGGACUUCGUGGGGCUAUGGAUAUGUUUCAGGCAGUUCUUCUACUCCGGGCUACCAAGCAUCCAGCUCUUCAGCAGCCCGCACUGGUUAAUAACCCGCCAACAGGCUCUGCGAUACUGAACAUGCUUCUCCUACAAGUCUGUCUCUAUUUAGAAAAUCGAUUGGAAAAUCUCUUUGAAUCGGAAGUCAUUCUCCAUAAGAGGUGGACUGAAACCAAGAAUGCACCGGCUAAUCUUCUACGCAUUAGCAGUACAAAUACUGGUAGUGGAGUGUCGAAAAUUACAGCUGGUCUUGUUCGAAAUGCGUCGAUGAAUAAUGACAGAUCGAGUGCUUCGUUUCGAAAUGCGAACUCUGUUCUUAAUCGAGCUGCUGAUGUGACUUUCAAGACGAGACCCCCAUCUGAAUGGGCUGCCGAACGCAUAUCCUCCCAUCAAUGUACAGUUUUGGCAACUGCCUUCUUUAUCGCGGAACAAUUCUCACCAUUGGCAGGUUCAGAAACAACUGCUAUUGGUCGAUUAGUUAUAAGGCUAACUAAUCAGUUGAUUCAAUUGGCUGAGACCAUGUUGCACGACGUGAAGCGGGAUUUCUCACCUCCAGCACGAUUAUCAUUGGUAUUUAAAACUCGGUUCUCGAAAACUCAAGCCUCCUUGGUUUGUGCGGAUUGUGUGGUCAACUCCUGGGUCCGUGGAAUGCAACGCCUUCUUCUCAGUGGAAUAGUUCGCCGCGAUGAUUGUGAACUGUUAGCUAAGCAAGCCACAGAUCGUUUGAUUAGUUCCAAUUCCAGUAGUCUUCGGCUGUCUUCUCUCAAUCUUCUGACAACAGCAUUGUAUACCCUUAAUGCAGCUGAUUUUCAGGCUCGUACAUCUCCAGACCCUCGAAAUGGUGAUUCUGAACAUCAAAUCGACCCAGAUAGCGUUUUAAAUAGCUCUACUGAAUACCUCACUGCUAUGUGGCAGUGUCUUAGAGGGGGAAAUUUACGGAUAGUUUCUUCCUCUCCCAAUUCCCACUAUACCUCCCCUCAUAUCAAUCCAUUCGAAGCCCGAUGUAUAUUUUUCUCACUUGGAAGUCUCCUGGAAGAUCUUGGAAGGUACUUUGGUUCAGUUUCACCUAAUCCUACGGCUUUGGGAGGUUUGGUGAAUAAGGCGGUAUCCGAAGUAGCCCGCCGUUCCGGAGAACAGGAUGGAUAUCUCCUAUUAGCUACUAAUGUUCUUCGUAAACUUGUUAUUACCUUGACAAAGUCUUCUCGUAAAGGUGGGGAAGUAGUCCGAGAAUGGGUGCUUCUUGCACUACCUUCUUUGCUACAACACAAUGCAGAGGAAGGCCCGAAAGGAACUUAUCUGAGAUGCCAUGGCUACUGGGUAGCCGCUGUUUGCAUCCUCUUAUCGAAUUUGAAAUCUUUGCCUGCCAACUCAAUAUUGAAUAUUUGCAUAGCCAAUCCUCCCUCGCUUGGCGCUUGUCAACAACGUGAAGCUAAGCAUUGUCAGGAUUUACUUCAUGCAGCGUGUAGUGCUAUUGCGCCUGAGGAUGAUUUCAGAGGGCGCAUUUUAGAGAUCAUUCAAAAAGCCGGUGGAUUAAAGGCUCUUCUCAAGGCUUUUACAGAAAGCUAG